UACUUCGUCUCAUUGCGUUUGCAUAAUUUUGAAAAAUAUUACUUCAUUAAUAAAGCCGAUAAACACAAAAAUGAAAGUAGCAGACAACGUGAAUCCAAAUGUGUACGAGAAAGGUUCAGCCAGAGAGCUAACUCGAGCCGAUUUUGACGAAAAUAUUGCAGAUGAAUUUGACACACGAGAAGUAUUUGAUUUAAUACGCAAUAUUUGCGAUCCGGAGCACCCUUUAUCAUUGGAGGAGCUGCGUGUUGUAGAAGAAAGUAACAUCCAAGUUGAUAAUGAAAAUAAUGCCGUGCAUGUUUUCUUUACGCCGACUAUACCACAUUGCAGUAUGGCCACCUUGAUUGGUCUAUCAAUCCGGGUGCAACUGCUCCGCUCUCUGCCGAGCCGUUUCAAAGUGACAGUCGAAGUGACGGAGGGUACACAUGUAUCGGAACAUGCAGUUAAUAAACAAUUGGCGGAUAAAGAAAGAAUUGCCGCCGCUUUGGAGAACAAGAAUCUGUUGCAAAUUAUAAAUCAGUGUGUGAGGUCGUUGUGAUUUAUUUAACACUAGCUGUGCCCCGCGGCUGCGGCCGCUUUGUCUAAAACCUAAUCUAUCUAUACUAAUAUAAAGAGGAAAAGUUUGUAAUUAUGUAUGU